AUGUCUUCGUCCGAGUCAGUACAUUCGCAUAAGAUGGACAGCCGCUACAGCACUCCGGCGCCAGAACUGGAUGACCAUCGCCGUAAUCUGGGCGUGACUCCGGCUCGUCCUGAUGAUUCCCCUAUGGUAGAGAUUGAGGUAGCGACUCCCACACCGGGCAGUAUCGAAGAAAGGGAUUUUUCGAGAGUGGACAAGGCUCUUCUCCACACUCUUGAGAAAGAAUCCAAUCCAAUCGCUCGCGACUUCGAGCAAGCAAUUGUCGACGAUGACAACGACAACGAAGACGGCCAGGAAGGGGUCGGAAGAAGGCCGUCUAUCCAUGGUAGAAGGCUCACUAACAGGGAGGGCCGCCCCCGUCGCCAUGAUCGGUCGCGGGACUCGUCUUCCUCUCGCUCGACUUCCCCAGCCAACUCCAUCGAGGCUUUUGCCGAACCCCGUCGCCGUGCUCGCGCCAAUACUGCCGAGAGUCAUUCGUCUUCUGUUCUUGAGAACCUGCGCAAUCGCACUCAGUCUGGUGGUACCAACCAAAGGCGUCCGACCUUGGACACAAUCAGCAUCCCGGCAGCCCUGACUUUACGGACAGACCGGGAUGCUAAUGACGACGUCACAUUUCCAACGGACGAGGAGCCGGGCAAGACGUACAAGAUCGAUUUUGAGGAACUGGAAGAGUUUGUCGCCCUGAGUGCUCAGGGAAAAGUCUCUGAAGAACUGGCGGGAUCUCGCUCGAAUGAAAACCGGACGUUCAGGGAUCAUCGGCAAUCACCGACGCACGCGCCCAUCUCGGCACUCAAUGGUGAAACUUUCUACGAGAAACCCCUCGUGCAUUACGAGACAACCCAUAGCCAAGCUACAUCUAGCGAGGAGAGAUUUGCUCCAAAAGAACAACAGCUUCCACCCACAUCUGCCGAGCGGUUUUUCCUGUUCACAUCGGAAAUAAGCCAAGGAAAGAGUGCGACUAGACUAGGCGAUUUUGUGUCAGAUGGCACAACCUUUCGAGAUCUUUUCGACGUUGGACCAGACGGCGGUGUGUGGUGGCUCAACUGCCUCAACCCCACAAAGGCCGAGCUGGAGGUCCUUUGCAAAGCCUUCAAGAUCCAUCGUCUCACGCGCGAAGAUAUCGAAACCCAAGAAGCUCGCGAAAAGGUUGAGCUCUUCUCUCAAUACUACUUUGUCUGUUUCCGAUCAUUUGUCAUGGACAAGUCGAGCGAGGACUUCCUAGAUCCUAUCCACAUCUACAUCGUUGUCUGCGGCGACGGCGUCCUGAGCUUCAGCUACACUGAGAACCCACAUGCCAAGAAUGUCCACCGGCGUAUCUCGAAACUUGGCGACUUCUUGUCGCUGGGACCAGACUACAUCUGCUAUGCCAUGAUUGACGACAUUGUCGAUUCCUUUGCACCCAUCAUCCGGGACGCGGAGCAUGAGUCCGAGAGCAUUGAAGACCAGGUAUUUAUCGCCCGCGAGGACGAUUUCCUGACCCUCCUCCGCCAGAUCGGCGAAUGCCGCAAGCGCGUCCUCAACAUGAUGCGCCUUCUUGGAGGCAAGGCGGACGUUAUCAAGGGCUUUGCAAAGCGAUGCAACGACCAAUACCAGGUGGCUCCGCGCGGCGACAUCGGCCUGUACCUGGGCGAUAUUCAAGACCACGUCGUGACCAUGAUGUCCAACCUGACCCACGUUGAGAAAAUGCUGAGCCGCUCCCACGCCAAUUACCUCGCGCAGCUGAAUGUCGACAACAUUCUCAAGGGCAACCACACCAACAAGGCGCUCGCCAAAAUCACCGUCGUUGCCACCAUUCUCGUGCCUUUGAAUCUUAUCACCGGUCUGUUCGGCAUGAACGUCCACGUCCCCGGCCAGGACGUCGCAGGCUACUAUUGGUUCUUCGGCAUCGUCGGCGUCAUCUGCCUCUUCGUUGCCACCAUGGUGACCAUCGCGAGGAAACUGAAAGCUAUUUAA